AUGGAGGAAGCGUCUCGAGCGCGAAAAGAACGGCUUGCCGCGUUAAAAAAACGAAAAAUUGAAGCUUCAGAGACAAUAACAGAUAGUAUAGAGGGUGAGUUAAAUGACGAAGGAGACAUCAAGGAACAGUCAAAGAUAAAUAUCGCCACAUCCAUGGAUGUUGACGAAACUGUGGAAAAACAAGUAGAAAAAUUAACUCGGGAAGUUGCAAAGGAGGAGGAAGCCAAAAGGGCUGAAGAAGUUGAUUUAUUCAAUUUAGCUCCCAAAAAACCAAACUGGGAUCUAAAACGAGAUGUAGAAAAGAAAUUAGCUAAAUUGGAUAAAAAGACACAAGUGGCAAUUGCACAGUUAAUUAGAAUAAGACUACAAGAUGAGACUGAUGCGAAAACAGAUCUUGCUGAUGCAGUUAAUUCUCAGGAUAAGCAACGUCAGCAAGGUGGUAAAGAUGAUUCGGGAGAUGAUGAUUCGGAGUAG